AUGCGCCAUGGCACCUCUAGUGUCGCAGCGGUACGGCUGGAUAAUUGGCUACCUGGAGGACCGUGUCUGUGUGUGGCACAGCAUGCUGCACUCGUCUUUAUUGCACUCGCGGCGACGUGUGCAGACGAGGCCGCGUCGCACGAAUACAGGCCGCUAUCGACCGUGGCCCGCAUUCCAUUCCACGCACGCAUUCUCGCGAUAGAAUGUGUGGAUGUAGCGCCAUGCACGCCGUCGCAAGGAUCCGACCGGAUUCUCAUUCUCACUGACCAUCCCAUUCCACGCCUGAUUGUGCUGCGCCGCGCCACAGCAGCCGACCACACAGACCCGACGCUGCCCAAUCCGUGGCCCGAAGUGUGUACAGAAGCGGUGAUCCUUCUCCAAGAUUUAGCACGUCCUCCUGCGGAAAUGGGAAUCGGUCUUUGUGUGGAGCCAGCGAUCGGCGAUGCUGCUACGCAUGGGCGUUGGGCAGCGAUCCAUACGCAUACAGGCCAGAUGCGCAUGAUACCAAUGGCAAAGCACGAUGCUCCACAACGUGUUGUAGAAACAGACAAGGCCUUCAACGCGCGACUUCCGCAUGUGAUGCUGCUGGACAGUGCAUUUCUGGCGCCCAGCGACCAUGCAGCCCCUGUCGUAGCGUGCCUGAGCGUGUCGAGCAAACCGUCGCAGAUUGAAGGAUUUGGCGAGCAGUACAUGCCAGUGCUGUCUUUCCACACGCCCAACGACCAAACCGAGCAGCUCGAUCCAGUCGUGUGGUGCGGCACGCGGCAUAUGCCGGAACAGGCGCAGGCAGCCUCUUCGCGACGCACUUCGCCGACCGCGAGGAAGAAACACCCCGCGUCCUCUGGACGGAAUUUGGAUGCAGAGGUGCGCAACCGGCGCGAGCGUGCGUGGCUCAAAGACCCUGUCGUGCACGCACAUGUCCCGCUGCCGAAAAAAGAUGCGCGCACGGCGCACCGAAUUUUGCCUGUAUCUGCCCACGCAGGCGGCGGUGUGCUUGUUUUUUGCGAGCACAGUAUCCUGUACGUACCGCCACCGCUGCUCAAGUCUGAAACGUGCAAGCAAGGCGCACAAAAAGAGUCCAAGCGGCGCACGCGCGAGGAAAAAGCGCCCGAGGACAGCAUGGCGAGCCAAGUCGCCUCGCCCAAGCGGCGGCGCCAUGUGCACGAGCAGGAAGAUGGCGAUGCAAGAGACGCUUUGCUGGGCAUCCAGCGCCUCGUGCAAGUACACACUCAGCAGCGGAUGCGGGUGUGCUCUGCAACGCUGCUUACUAGGUGCGCAACUCCCUCCUUGGAAGAGGUGCUUUUUGUCACCGAGGACGGGUCCAUGCUUGUGUUGCGCCUCUUUGCGGCCGAGCCGCACACGCCCGCGUGUGCCGCGAUGAAAAUAACGCGCAUCGGUACGUGCGCUGCGCCUGCGGAUCCCCGCGGCCUCUGCUACCUCGGCGACGGCUACGUGCACGUAAGCAGUACCGGCGGCGACACCACCCUCCUGCAUAUUUCCGAGAACGACGCGGUGUCCGAAGUGCACCGGUGGCCGAACUUGGGCCCGAUUGUCGACGUGGUCGCCGACUGCAAAGACAGCGAGCAGCAGCAGACGGCAUCGAUGCAGCGCAUGAUUACGUGUAGUGGCACAGGCCCGUCGUGCAGUCUUCGUGUGUUUUGGAGCGGCGUAUCCAUGACGAGCAUUGCAGCGCUGGACCUCGAGGGAUGCCUUUGCGUGCACGCCAUUACUGACCACCACGGCGCCACGGCCAUGCUUGCGCUUGUAUUUUCCACGCACACCUCUCUUCUGCAGUGGGGCGGCGAGAAUGCUUUGGAGGAUGUUUCGGACACAUACAGCACGAUGGGCGUUCCCUUGGCGCAGCGCCCGCUCUACAUUGGCGCUGUGCACGUCACGGGCUUUGAGGGCACGGCUUUUAUCUACGCGACAAGCGCACGCAUUAUGCUCCUUCUUGGCAAUGCGCAGUGUGUGGAAUGGGCGCCUCCAAACGACGCCGAGAUUGUGGCGCUGGACGCUGUGGACGCAGCGGUGCUGGUCGGACUGCAAGGCGGCGAGGUUGUGCUACUGUGUGUGGACCGCGGCCAAUGGGCCAUGACAGCAUCGUGUACCGUAGCGAGCGAGAUUGCAAGCGUCGCCAUGUCGCAGCGCGGCGCUUUUGAUCGUCUCUGCGCGGUGGGCAUGUGGAACCCUGCGUCCUUUGCUGUUUUUUCCGCGCACUUGGCGCCGAUACAAGGCAUGGAUGCAGUGCUGUGUCCCUUUCUCCCCCACUCGCUCCUUAUUCAGUCCUUUUCGCUUGGCGCAUGCACCAACAUCAUGGUCGGCCUUGCGAACGGCACGCUGCUAGUCUACGCCUAUACGCACGCCAAGUGUGUACUGUGGAAAGAGCUUGCGCUUGGCGCACGUCCUAUUCAGCUCGCAUGCUUCCAAACCGGAAACAUUGGAAAGUCGGCUAGCGAUUAUGCGGUGCUAGCGAUUGGCGAGCGCAGCACGAUUCUCUACGCCGAGGGCGCGUACCUGCGCUUCAGCGCGCUUCGGUGCACGGGCCUGCGCAGUGCCGCGCCCAUGUACUUGGAAAAGCAUGCGCCGGGCCUGGUGCUUGUGCACGCCUCGGUCCUUUUCGUGCAGCUCAAGAGCCUCCGUGAAAGUGAUAUCGAAACGGUACCGCUUCAUUCCGAGCAGGCGACGAGCAUUGCACACGAUGCAGCCUCCGACACCAUCAUCACCGCCGUAUGGCCAUCGCUGGACGAGCCAGGAGCGAGCAGCAGCGUGCAUGUUUUUACUCGCGACAGACUUGUGCCGGUCGCAAGCCAGGUACUUUUGCGCAACGAGCGCGCCAACUGCGUGGCAAGCGUGCACAGCGGCGACGACGCGUUUGUCGUCGUUGGCACUGGAUUUCAAGUGGGCGAUACAGAAGAGACGACUGCAGGCAGGCUCAUCGGCUUUUGCGUUUCGCACACUGGGCUUGAGCAGGUCUUUGCGCUCGACGUGCCGGGCAAUGUAUUUGGCCUGGUCGAAGCGGCUGGCUUCUUGGUCGCGGCGGUGAAUGCACGUGUGGAUACGUACAGCAUCGUACGCACAAACGGUGCAUUUGCACUGCAUCUUGCAUCGCGCUGGGGCUGCGCAUUUAUGGCAAGCUCGAUUGCCGUAGGCUACACCGAGGGCUCGCACACGCUUGUCAUUGGCGAUGCAAUGCGCUCCAUUACCGUGCUCGCACUUGACGCACACAGCGGCCAGCUUGUUGAGCGCGCGCGUGAUUUAGACCCUUACUGGACCUCGACCGUCGCCAUGUACGACGACACGCGCCAGGAGUACAUUGCCUCGGACAUUGGCAUGAAUGUGUUUGUCUCUGCGCGCGUGGCGGAAACCACCGAGCGCGCGUUUGGGCAUGCCAUGCGUCGCACCGCGUGCUUCCAUUACGGCGAUAUGCUCAACCGGUUUGUCUAUCCAAGCGGCGCAUCCACCGAUCCGCACUGCACACCCCGCGUCUAUUUCUGCACCGCGAGCGGCGCGCUUGGGCUUAUUUGCGAGAUUGGCGCGGAAUACAGCGAGAUCUUAGCGUAUGUCCAGCAAGCCAUGGCCGAGCUCGUUGCUACGCCCGGCGCCAUACCGUGGGAAGAGUGGCGCACGCUGCGCACAGAACACCGCGUCGUGCGCCCGACCAACUUCCUCGACGGCGACUUUAUUGCCUUUUUCCUUGCGUGCACCCCGGCACAGCGCGAGCGAAUUAUUGCCGUGGCGAAGCACCUCGCGCGGCGCAAGGAAAGUGCGUACACUACAGGGAUUACUAGCGAGCGCUUGGUGCGCAUGCUCGACGCAUUAGCGUGCAGUACGUGA